AACCUGCCGGUCCUUGCCUUUUUCGUUGUUUCUUUUGCAUAUUACGUCUCCUGCUACAAUGUUCCGCCUACUGGGAUUCCAGCCGUUUCAGAGGUGGACACAAUGAUCCGACAAUGCUUCCAAACAGCAUGCAAGGAAUGGAUGGCCGAGUGUCAUUGGUACUGUGAUUCGAUAAAAGGAGCGAUGGCUCGGAAGAUAUCGUUCCUCAAAAUUAUCCAGCGAAGGUCCUUCUCUCUGAACUCGCCAUCCACAUCAUCAUCUGCAGUGUCGUACAUUGAUUACUCGUUCUCCAAUGAGCGAAUCAAGUCUUCGCUCCCAAAAAUCGAUUAUAAUUGUCAUGAUUUUAUCAAAAAUCUGAACAAAGAUCUUCGAAAUGUUCAUAUCGUCAAAAAUAAGAUCCAAUUUGCUCGUUCUGAUCUUCACAAUUGUUUCAAGGCUUCUGACAUUCGAUUAGUUCCAAUCGGUAGCGCAGCGAAUCUUCUGCUGAGCAAUUCUUCUGAUCUAGAUUUGGUCCUUCUCCCUUCAACAAAUUUGAAAAACUGGAAAGAUUUUAUGAAGAAUUUCUCAGAAAAAGAACAUUUUCGAGACGAGUAUAUGCGGAGGACUAGAAAACAAUUGAUAUCUCAAAAAGUGGGAAAAGUCGAACUUCCUUUCUUCAAAGCGAAGAUUCCAAUAAUUCGGAUUUGGUCAAAAAGGAAGAUUCAAGUUGAUAUUCAAUUCGGAAACAUUGAGCCAAUUCGAAGUUCACUUUUCGUCAGAACCUGCGUUGAGUUUGAUGAGAGAGUUGGUCUUUUGGCUCAUUGGCUCACGAAUAAGUUUCAAGAAGCUAACAUUUUGGAUAGUAAGAUAGGACUGUUCUCAAAGUAUCAUGUGAAUGCUCUAGUCAUUCACUUUCUUCAGGCAAUGCCCUACCCAGUUCUCCCAGACAUCAUACAACUCUCUCCGUGGCUUAGCAAAGAAAACGAUUGGAAUAACGCUGUGAAAGUGCUAACUCGACAAGGCUCACUGUAUGUCCCAAGUGAGACUACAAAUGAGCAAAGUGUUGGAGAGCUUGUUGUUCAACUCAUCGACUACUAUUCGCAGAUUGAUUUUCAGAGAAUCGGGAUAGAUACGCGUGGGGGAGUAUUUGCAAAAUCACAACAAAACGAUUUCCUCGACAUCUCUGACGAGUACUUCAGCGGACCCACAUGUCGGGUUACGGAUGCUCCUCGCAAGCUCCAGAAACUGUUCUCAAAGUUACGGACGAUGACGAAAGAAGACUACUUUGAAGGCGUGUUUCAUCUCUGUUACAACUUUAUGUUAAUUUUGAAACGGCUGAUGUCUACAAUGUCUCUCCUGCAACCACCAAAAGCUGUUCGCGGAAUGGAGAAGCUCGAAAAAGACGCAUUCCGUGUUGCAGUCGAUUUUCCAGUGAUUGAAAUCGAAGCGAGAGAUACUGGAAUUGUAACGAGAAGAGUUCGAUUGGAGCCCUACCUGAUUGGUCAUAAAUUGAAACCUCUAAAGAACACAAUCGAUAGUGAGAAAGAAGGAAAAAAGUAUCUGGUUUUUCAUCCGGAUAAAGUACAAGAAGAUGAGACAAAACAGAAAAUUGUGGAGAUGAUGAAAAGAGAGUUGGGAGAUGAGAAGACGCUGAAAUGGGAGACGCUUUCUAAGGAUCUAACAUUCGAGAAUUGGGAUACGAAGUCUAUUUUCAAGGCGGUGCUUCCAGAAGGAAUCGAAUAUAGCAGUUACACACAAACAGGGCACAUCAUCCACUGUAAUUUCGCUGAUGAGGUUUUGCCAUUCCGGCAUCUGAUAGCGGAAGUUCUUUUAAACAAAGUGAGCAAUUGCAAAACUGUGGUUCAAAAAGGGAAUAUUAUCACUAAUGUUUAUCGAAAUUUGGAUUUGGAGUUGUUGGCUGGAGAAGAGAAUUAUGUGACCGAGAUCAAAGAGACUGGAUUGAGAUUCAAGAUGGAUUUCAGCAAGGUUUAUUGGAAUUCAAGAUUGAGCCAUGAACAUGAGCGAGUAUCUGGUCUAUUCAACAACCAAUCCAUAGUCUACGAUGCAUGCUGUGGAAUCGGUCCAUUCGUUCUUCCAGCAACUCUGAAAAAGAAGCCAAGAAGAGUAAUGGCAAACGAUCUGAAUCCGGAGAGUGUGAAAUGGCUAAAAGUGAACGUUGGAUUGAAUAAAAUCAAGGAAGAUCGAAUUGAAAUUCACAACACGGAUGCUAAAUUGUUUAUCAAAGAGAAAAUCGCAAAUGAUGUGAUUCGGCUGAUGAAAGAGGAGAGUACAUCGGAAGCAGAAGAGAAGCCAGAAUCUCAAAUCCACGUGGUUAUGAAUCUUCCUGCCUACGCCGUCAAUUUUCUCCCGGCGUUUCGAGGAGUGUUAAGAGGCUUUGAAUCAAAAGAAAUCAGUCGGAAAUGGAAAUGGAACGUUUACUGUUACCUCUUUGCAAAGUCCCACGUGGAUGUUCCCGAUGAUUGGUACGAAGGCGAAGCUCGCCGGAUGUGUGAUGAGAAGACGAAAUGGGAGACGUCGCUUGUUGUGAAAUGCCACAAUGUUCGAACAGUUUCAUCGCGAAAGGAGAUGUUCUGUGCUCAACUGGAACUUCCUUACGAAUUUCUCAUAGCUGAGCCGCUUCCAGAAGAGCCAGAAGCGCCGUUAGAGCCGGAAGAAGAAGCGGUGGAGCCGCGUUGUAAAAAGAUGAAGAUGUUCGCCCGGUGUCUUUCUCCUCGUCUCACAACGACGAUGCCUUGUUGUAGCCAAGCCAUACGUGGCAAUGCAACACUUCCCUCAAUUAAUUUGUACAGUUUUCGGCGGAGAAUAGCCGAGAAACUUUCGAAUAAGUACAACGAAGCACGAGUACACGAAAUUGGACCAGAUCUCGCUUGUUUGGAAUGGUUGAUGGAGUGUGGCUCAACAAGCGUACGGAUGUCAGAUGGACAAACGAUCACACGACAACGAGAAAUGCGCGAAUAUAUUCCUCAUGCUUUAGCUGAAAACCCAUCCUCUGAUCGUCCUCUUCAAACUGGUGAUAUCAGCUACGAGAAGCAGUGGCCGAAUGCACCUUACACGUGGAUUGUUGAUGUGGACGCUAGUGAUUCAGCAAUUGCCAACGAAGGGUUCACCUAUCUUCGAGAUGUUCGUAGAAUCGAGAAACUGAAACUCAAUUUUUGCGACUAUUUUGGAGACGAAGGAUUGAAAUUUCUGGCUCAAGGGCGGCCUGCACAGACGUUAACUGAUUUGGAAAUUGUGCUGAACCCAUGUAUUACUGAUGGUUCCGUUUAUUGGCUUUUGAAGUUGAAAGCAUUACGAAGAGCUCAUUUCUACUUCCUUCCGUAUGUUGCUCAUCGACAAGGAUUCAUUCGACAACUGAAAAUUGCACUUCCGCGAUGUAAUGUUACAUUCCCAGAAGUUGAUACCAUUGGAUUUGGAUAUGAAGAUGCGAAGAAGACGAAGAGGAAAUAG